GAAAAUCGCCAGAACAGAUACAUGUACUAUACACAACUGUACCAGUUACUCCCUGUUAUUACGAGGACGAGGCUGUAGUCUGUUGAUCUUCCAACUCAGUUAGUGAUAUCAGAACUUAUAAUCGUUAUGUCAAGUGAAAUGGAAGAGAAGGAAAACAAUGAUGGAUGUUCGAAAUGUGCCAAUACCUUGUGUCGAGAUGGAUUUAAAAGCGAGUUGAAGGUUCAGUUAGGCAUCGCUUUGCCCGUGGCUGUUACACAGUUGCUGCAGUUCCUAGUACUUCUUGUCAGUCUGACAUUUUGUGGUCACCUCGGAAAGGAGACACUGGAUGGCGUGGCACUGGCGACCACGGUAAUCAAUGUAACAGGGAAUUCCGUGAUGAUGGGCCUAGGUUCGGCAUGCGACACACUCUUCGCGCAGACAUUCGGCAGCACAAACAAGUUCCGGAUGGGAGUGAUUUUACAGAGAAGCCUGAUCAUCAUGGUGCUGUGUGGGUUACCAUGUUGGGCAGUACUGAUGAAUACGGAACACCUCCUCAUCCUUCUGGGACAGAAUGAGUUUGUGGCAAGACAAGCAGGAAAAUACGCUGUUGUCUACAUAGCAGCAUUACCGGGUCAGGUCAUUGCUAUUGUUUUAGCGAAGUAUCUUCAAUCGCAGAGCAUUGUUGUGCCGAGUCUGGUCAUUGCCGUCGUGACAAACCUGAUUAACCUGGGACUGCAUGCGCUGUUUCUGACUGGUCUCCAUUUUGGAAUUAUGGGCGCAGCCCUCUCUGUGGCUCUUACCCAAUGGCUAAUCGUACUAAUAACUUUGGUGUACAUACUUGUCAAGGGCCGACAUAAGGAGACAUGGGGAGGAUGGACUAUGGAAUGCUUCGAUGAAUGGGGUCUCUUCUUUUCGCUGGCGUUACCCGGACUUUUUAUGGUCUGUUUGGAAUGGUGGACUUUUGAAAUACUUUUCUUCAUUGUUGGUACUCUGGGUGUAGUACCCCUAGCCAGUCAUACAAUAGGGUAUAACGCGGCGGCAUUAGCGUUCAUGAUACCCCUCGGUCUGUCUGUGGCCUCCAGUGUCUGCGUGGGAAACCAACUCGGGGCGAAUGAACCAAAAAAGGCCGCCACCGCUGCCAGGGUAGCUAUACUGCUAUCAUUUGUUGUCUCCGUGAUUAUCGCUCUUCUCACGUUGGCAGUUAAUGGGGUUUUACCUCUGAUUUUUACUGAUGAUCCGGCGGUUGUUGAUCUUGCAUCCAAAUUACUCAUGGUCUCGGCGUUGUUUGAAUUGUUCAACUGUGCACAGGGCUCACUUUGUGGCGUCAUCCGAGGUGUUGGUAACCAGAUAUUUGGAGCUGUCACUAACUUUAUAUCCUACUAUGUCGUGGCAUUGCCGAUUUGUAUACCAAUGCUGUUGCUAACCGACAUAGGAGUAUACGGUGCAUGGUGGGGCGUCAUUGUCAGUAGCGCCCUACAGGCAGUUACAUACUUCUUGAAGAUAUUGCGUACCGACUGGGAAAAGGAAGCGGAAAAUGCUCAGAGUCGAGCUGGAUUGGUGGAUAACAAAGGAUCACCAGAUGAUCCUUCCAUUGCCACGAUGAAUGGCCUCAGUGGUAGUAAGAAACGGCUGAUAGAUGAUGACGUCCUUUCUAAUGGAGGGAAUACAAAAAACUACGGAGUCCUAUCUAGCGACGAAUACAUAGAACUGCCUUACAAUAAGUAUUCAGACAACGAAAACUCACAACACGAAGGCAAACUUUGCAGCGACCAAAAACAGAGAUUGAACAGAACAUUGGUGUACAGGAUAGUUUUAGUGUUAAUAUUUGUAGCCAUUUUAGCCGCCGGAGUCGCCAUAAAACUGCAUUUUGAUCAGUACUUAGAAAGUGACGAAACGUUGUGCAGUGUCUACCAUGUUCUAAGCUGUGCCCACGAGGAGCAUGACGUUUCUGGUGUUAGCGAGUUGAAGGUUAACAAAACUGAAAUGUUUGAUAAAUAUCAUCCUCAUACAUUCGGAUGA